UUGUAACAAACUCCCAAAGUUCGUAUCAUUCACAAUUUGCUACUCCCAACGUGAGCCACGCAACAAAUCAAAACUUACAAAAUGAAAUUCGUCAUUGUUUUCGCCGCUCUCUUCGCUGUCGCUUUGGCUGCUCCUCGUCCAGAGGAAGCCACAAUCUUGCGCUCAGAAUCCGAAGUUGGACCCGAAUCCUUCAACUAUGUUUACGAAACCAGCGAUGGUGUUUCUGCUAAUGCACAAGGUCAACUCAAGAACAUUGGAAGCGAAAACGAAGCCAUCAGUGUACAAGGCAAAUACAGUUUCGUUGGUGAUGAUGGCGUAACCUACACCGUCACCUAUGUUGCUGAUGAAAACGGUUUCCAACCACAAGGCGCUCAUUUGCCAGUUGCCCCAGAAGCUUAAAUUCUCUUUAAGCUACUAAGUGCGCAAAAUCCUGUACAAUUCUCCUUUCACAAUAUCCCAAAUUUCCCCAAGUGAUUGCCCCUUCCAUCCUUAUCCUAGUCCCGCUUAUUUGUAACUUGUUACUGGCCACAGUUGACGUUUGUUGUUAAUUGUGAAUUGUCAACAAAUUGUUAUUUAGUUUAAGU